GCCUACUCGCCGUACCGUCGCGUGAUCAGGAUUACAUUCUUAAGGUGGUUACUAUCCGCGCGCAGGUGCUCUGUCAUUUCCUGGAUCGCUCAGAGAGGCUCUGCAAAUUUUGCCCUUCUAGAAUAAAAAUGAAAUUUCUGUCUCUGUGCUUAGUUGCUUAUUUCGCCUGGACUUCAGAUGGACUUGUUCGGAUUCCUCUGAGAAAGUUCCGGACCAUCCGGCGUACCUUGUCCGAUUCAGGGAAGAGUGCAGAUGAGCUUCUGGCUGGAAAUGGGGCCAUGAAAUACAACUUGGGAUUCCCCUCCAGCAUCAAGCCCACUCCUGAAACCCUGAAAAACUACCUUGACGCUGAGUACUAUGGUGAGAUUGGCCUUGGCACUCCUGCACAAACCUUCACUGUGGUUUUUGACACAGGCUCAGCAAAUUUAUGGGUUCCGUCUGUGCACUGCUCGCUGUUCGACAUCGCCUGUUAUUUCCACCACAAAUAUGAUUCUGCCAAGUCAAGCACAUAUGUGAAGAAUGGAACUGAUUUUGCUAUCCGUUAUGGUUCUGGUAGCCUGUCUGGCUAUCUUAGCCAAGACACAUGCCAGAUUGGAGACAUAAUAGUAGAGCAGCAGGUGUUCGGAGAGGCCAUCAAGCAGCCCGGCAUGGUCUUCAUCGCAGCAAAAUUUGACGGCAUCUUGGGCAUGGCCUACCCCAGCAUCUCUGUGGAUAUGGUUCCCCCCGUUUUUGACAAUAUUAUGCAUCAAAAAAAGGUGGAGAAGAAUGUCUUCUCCUUCUACCUUAACAGGAACCCUGGCACCGAGCCUGGUGGGGAACUGCUGUUAGGAGGGAGCGAUCCCAAGUACUACAGCGGAGACUUUCACUACGUUAACAUCAGUCGGCAGGGCUACUGGCAGGUCCACAUGGAUGGAUUGAGCAUUGGGGAUCAGCUUAAACUGUGCAAGUCUGGCUGUGAGGCCAUUGUGGAUACAGGUACUUCCCUAAUCACCGGACCUUCUGCUGAAAUCCAGGCCCUGCAGAAAGCCAUCGGCGCCACCCCCCUGAUACAAGGAGAGUACCGAGUUGACUGUAACAAAGUGUCCGCUCUCCCAAAUGUCUCCUUCAUCCUGGGUGGAAGAUCAUACACUCUAACGGGCGAGCAGUACGUCCUAAAGGAGAGCCAAGCUGGUGUGACCAUCUGUUUAAGUGGGUUUAUGGGGCUGGACAUCCCUGCACCAUCUAUGCCCCUUUGGAUUCUGGGAGAUGUGUUCAUUGGCCAGUAUUACACUGAGUUUGACCGUGAGAAAAACCGGGUGGGCUUUGCUAAGUCUGUGUGAGUGAAUUACCGAGGCUGGCAGAUGGUUUAAACCUUUCAAAAGAAAGUUUCCUUGAAACUAUGGAAAAAAAGCAUGAUGAAUUUGUGUGGCAUUGGUUCUUUUAAAAGUGUGCAAUUCAUUCAUGAGGACUUUACAUUGCAGUGCAUUUGAAAUGUAAACUGUAAUCAAAAUAGCAGAAUUAAUAAUAAGUUGAAAACUAUUUUAAGGAACUUAUUUUCAUAACUAAUUUUCAGAGAUUGUCUUCAGGUGAACUAUAUUUAUAAUGACUAAAAAAAUUAAACAUCUUAUUUUUUUUUAGAAAAUUGUGCUUGUCUUUCACUGUCAAGAAUUGAUUGG